AGAAAGCAGACCAUUUUAGAUAAAUACAAGCCACUCUUACUUUAUGCACAGGAAAAACCAUAUCCAUGGCCUUAUCUUCUCAUGCAGCUUUAGUCCUCACCACCGCUCAAUCCUCGAAACCUUCCAUUCCAAAGUCCCACUGCUUUCCGCCUCCUCGAACUGCCUUUCGUUUUCCAGUCCCAGCCAUUAAUCCCAGCACCUACAACCUUUCAAGCACCUCGCACCCUGAGAAAUGGAGAGCCAAAAUUUCUUUCUUUCCUGCUUUCCUGAAAAAAGGCAAAGAUGCCAAGACUCUCAAGGAGGAGCUGCUUGAAGCCAUUGCGCCCCUGGAUCGCGGAGCAGAUGCCACUUUCGAAGACCAGCAAACAGUUGAUCAGAUUGCUCAAAAACUUGAAGCACUUAACCCAGUAAAGGAACCCCUCAAAUCUAAUUUACUCGAUGGCAAAUGGGAGCUUAUCUACACUACUUCAAGAUCAAUUUUGCAGACCCAGAGACCCAAAUUUCUAAGAUCGAGUGCAAACUACCAGGCGAUCAAUUUGGAUGUACUUAGGGCCCAGAAUAUGGAAUCUUGGCCAUUCUUCAACCAGGUGACGGCAGAUUUAACACCUCUGAAUGCAAAGAAAGUAGCUGUAAAGUUUGAUUAUUUUAAAAUCGGAGGCUUAAUACCUGUUAAGGCACCUGACAGAGCUCGCGGUGAAUUGGAAAUCACAUACUUGGAUGAAGAAUUGCGGGUAUCAAGAGGUGACAAAGGAAACUUGUUCAUCCUGAAAAUGGUGGAUCCAUCUUACCGAGUUCCUGUUUGAUUAGUGUGUAGUUUCUUGGUCACGAAAGAGUGGACCGAAUUUUGCAACUACUGCUGAUCUGCUUAAAACACAGUUUUGGUCAUAUCAUUAGCUAGUUUCCUUGUUGUAUACUAUAUAUAAAGGCUACAGAAAAAUGCUCAAGGGCUUGCUGAAAUUCCCUGGCAGGCUUAGGUUUGGCACACAACGUUAACUACUGCAUGCAUGUACACAAGUUAUGGACAACUCAUUUCAUAUU